GUGUAUUCCAUGAAGACAUGGUGUGUUAAGGUUGGAAGAAGGUGGAAGAACUUGAGUGUCCUGACCUCAACCCCACUGAACACCUUUGGGAUGAACUGGAAUUGGAGCCUCCUCGACAUCCCAACAUCAGUGUCUCACCUCAACCUCACUAAUGCUCUUGUAGUUGAAUGAACACAAAUCCCCACAGCCACGCACCAAAAUCUAGUGGAAAGCCUUCCCAGAAGAAAGAGUGGAGCUUAUUAUAACAGCAAAAUGGGAACAACUCAGUAUCAAUGUCCAUGGUUUUGGAAUGAUUUGUUCAGUACUCAGGUAUCCACAUACUUUUGGCCAUAUAGUGUACUUGCCCUGUUUAAAAAACAACAGCAAACAAACAACAAAAGUCAUGUUGCUGAACGCUUUAGGUAUUUUUAUUUUCCUUUACCAAUGGUGUAACAUUUUGUUUGUGUUGUUUCUUGCAAUGAUGUGUUUUGGUGUUGUAGCACACAAAUUUCCCCUCAAGAAUCAAUAAAGUCCAUCCAUCCAUCCAUCCAUCCAUCCAUCCAUACACAUAUCAUGCAUCAUGCAUACAUCACAUACCCAUUCCUAUGCUAUGUAUAUGUAAUAUGAGCUAUUCUUUCUUUUCAUGCAGGAGAUCCUAACCGCUAUGUCUCUCUUCACCAUAACUAACCCACAAAUCAGUUUAUACUGAAGACUGGACUCUACAAAUUGUUACAUUUUCCAUAUCAACAGAAAUUUGACUUCAUCCCUGAUACACUGGUAUCUUAGUAAAGCAACAAACAGAAGAAACACCAUCACACUUAUUCAUAGCCAAGAGACGUUAACAAGGACUACAAUAUUGAAAACCAGCAUUUGUUCUUCUACAGUUGAUGCUUAACUGAGGUCCUGAGUGUCAUUUCUACAACAUGGACCAUCCUGCACUGACACGAUCCUCGUUAGAGAUCGAUGUGGAUUUGGGAUUUGCGCUCUUCUUCCUGUUUCUUCUCUGCCUCUUCUUGGUCAUUACAGUCGUCCGCUGUGCCCAAACAGUGAUAGACCCUUAUGGAUCCAUCCCCACCUCCACCUAUCAGGAGGAGCAAAUCAGUAACUGACGGUUGAUUUGGCCCAUCCCACGUGGUGAAUACACUGCAGGGGUUGGGCCUGAACUUUUGUGAGGACUAUUUGUGAAAAUGUGGAGUUUUGUUAAUGGAGAUCAUGGUGCAAAAAUAAUAGUGUAAAAAUAAGUUUUAUAUCACAAUAUGACAAAUGAAAAUGGUUAUACAGUAGGUCUACUGUACAAGUCUUACCCCCUAAAU